CAAUGGACGCCGCGAUGGGAGCGUGUUUUGGUGUUUUCUGGUGUAUUAAUUUCCGGAAAUGAAAACAAUUUUGUGUUGCAAGUUUUAGCGAUUUGAUCAAUUAAAUUUAAUCAGUACUUAACUGAUUUAUUGCUAAGUAAUUUUCAGUUGAGUAGUGUGAUAUAUAUUUAUAAUAACACAAUGUCUGACGAUGUUAUCAAACAUUCGGUGCAUACCCUGGUAUUUAGGUCUUUAAAGAGGUCUCACGAUAUGUUUCUUUCCAACCAGGGUUUAUUGCCACCUAUAGAUGAAAAAGCUGAAAAAAUUCUCAAAUCUGUGAAGGCUCGAGACAGCUAUGGCCAAGUAAUGGCUACAGUGCAGAAGGCACAAGCCAGCAAGCAGCAUGAUGCUAGCAGACCAGAAACUCCAUUGGACACAGAAAUGGCCGAAUCAGCCGCCCUAGGCUCCGAUGGUGCAAUGUUACCAUACACAGGGCCGGCGGUAGCCCCUUCCCCUGCACCUCCCGCAGGAGCCCUGACAACAUUACCAAAGAAAGCCCCCACAAUGCCGAAGCCAAAAUGGCACGCGCCCUGGAAAUUGUUCCGGGUGAUCUCUGGACAUCUAGGUUGGGUGCGGUGUGUUGCUGUGGAGCCGGGCAACGAGUGGUUUGCUACUGGUGCAGCAGACAGAGUAAUAAAGAUAUGGGACUUGGCAAGUGGAAAGCUAAAAGUAUCAUUGACUGGCCACGUCAGUACAGUACGAGGUUUGGAAGUAUCCUCAAGACAUCCAUAUUUAUUCAGCUGUGGUGAAGACAGGCAAGUCAAAUGUUGGGACUUAGAAUAUAACAAGGUGAUCCGGCACUACCACGGGCACCUGUCGGCGGUGUACACGCUGCGGCUGCACCCCACCAUCGACGUGCUGGUGACGGCGGGCCGCGACGCCACCGCGCGCGUGUGGGACAUGCGCACCAAGGCCAACGUGCACACGCUCAGCGGGCACACCGACACCGUCGCCUCGCUCGCCUGCCAGGCCGCGGAGCCCCAGAUAAUAACAGGGUCGCACGAUUCAACGAUCCGCCUAUGGGAUUUAGCAGCGGGCAAAUCUAUAUGUACACUUACCAACCACAAGAAAUCAGUCCGAGCCAUAGUCAUCCACCCCACACUGUACACCUUCGCUUCAGCCUCACCGGAUAACAUAAAACAAUGGAAAUGUCCCGAAGGAAAGUUUAUACAGAACUUGUCCGGACAUAAUGCGAUAGUGAACUGUAUGGCGGUGAAUCCCGAGGGAGUGUUGGUCAGUGGAGGGGAUAACGGGACCAUGUAUUGUUGGGAUUGGAGGACGGGGUAUAACUUCCAGAGAUUGCAGGCGGCUGUACAACCCGGGUCAAUGGACUCUGAAGCGGGCAUUUUCGCGAUGACGUUCGACCAGUCGGGCUCACGUCUCAUCACGUGCGAGGCGGACAAGACCAUCAAGAUCUACAGGGAGGACGACACGGCGUCGGAGGAGACGCAUCCAGUCAACUGGCGGCCGGAGAUAUUGAAGAGGAGAAAGUUCUAGAAACAUUUAGAUUAAUAUGAUGAUUAAAUAAGAACUUUUUUUUAAUUA